GGUUUAAGGAGGCGAUAGUCGGGCUGCUCCGGGCUCCUUUUGUUCCUUCUUAGCCGGGCCCUCAGCGCUCGCCUCAUCGCAGCCUGCAGCACAGCACCCCUCUCCUUGCAGCCACUUUGGCUUCUCCGCCUUUUAACUUUUUUUUUUUUUUUCACCCAUCACCCUCGUCCGGCGGGCGUUAAUCGCGAGUUGCGCUCCGCAAAGGGUCCCCACAGAGGGUGGAGGGAGGAAGUCGGAGGAGCUCCGCUCCUCAUUGGCGAAGCAGCCUCCCCCCUUCUCCUCCUCCCGAGGUCUCUUUUAUUUAUACACGCACGCACACACGCGUGCACAUCCUCGGCCCCGGCUCCGAGCAGGCAGAGCCCCCUCCCAGCUGGGCCGGGGGCUGCUCAGGGCGCUGUGAGAUGCACUAGAGCAGCAGAGCAGGGGCUUGGCUGCAGCCCAGCCUUGGCACAGCCUUGCCUCUCCUUUUGAUUUUAUUUUAUUUUUUUUUCACUCCCCUCCUCCCUUCCACUUCAUUUCUUUCUUUCCCUCUCUUUCGCCUUUAAGUGGAGAAGCCUUGCCAGCUGGGCAGGCUGGGAGGGCAGGGACAGCCUCAGCAGGCAGCAGAUAGAGAGAGUUUGGAGGAGGAGAAGGAGGAAUUUUGGAGCCUUCCCUUGGGACGUGCAGCACUCAGCUGGAGGGACCCUGCUCAAGGACUGGGACACCAAGCCCAGGGCCCAGCAUGCCGUGCCCCACUCUCAGGACGUGUCUCUGCCUCCUCAUCCUCACUGGUCUGCUGGAGGUGACGUCUGGGGACCGCAGGCUGCACAUCGAACCUGGGGACACGGAGCUUGUCCUCAGCCUCCACAGCACCUUCUCCCUCCUGUGCUAUGGGGACAGAGAGCUGCUCUGGGAACGGGAGGGGCAGCCCCUCAGUGCCUCGCUGGAGCACAGGGACGGUGUUUUUGUGAGCAAUCUCACCCUCAGGAACGUGACAGGCCAUCACACUGGGGAGUACACGUGCACCUACAGCCCCGAGCAGGCUCCAGAGCCAGCAGAGAGGAAAGCCCUCUACAUCUAUGUUCCAGACCCCUCCCUGGUUUUCCUCCCUGCAGUCACCUCUGAAGAAGUCUUCAUCUUCAUCACGGGCUACACAGAGGCUGUCAUCCCAUGCCGAGUGACCAACCCACAGAUGCAGGUCACCCUCUAUGAGAAGAAGGUGGAAAACCCCAUCCCAGCUACAUAUGAUCCACAACAGGGAUUUAAAGGCUUCUUUGAGGAUAAAACCUAUUUCUGCCGGACAUUUGUGGAUGAUCAGGAGGUGGAUUCAGACACUUUCUAUGUCUACAGGAUCCAGGUGUCAUCUGUGAACGUGUCCAUCAGUGCAGUGCAGACCAUGGUGCGCCAGGGGGAAAACGUCACAGUCAUGUGCACCGUGAGCGGCAACGAGCUGGUCAACUUCAACUGGGACUAUCCCCGCAAGCAGGCAGGGAAGGCUGUGGAGCCAGUGACUGACUUCCUGCCUGGAUCCACUCAUGAGAUCCGCUCCAUCCUCAUCAUCCAGAAUGCAGAGCUGGAGGACAGUGGGACCUAUGUCUGCAAUGUCUCUGAGGGCUACCAUGAGAAGACAGACAGGAAGGACAUCACUGUCCAAGUGAUCGAGCGUGGCUUUGUGCAGUUCCACACCCACCUGCCCAGCACGGUGUAUGCUGAGGUCCACAAGAGCCGCACUGUCCAGGUGGAAGUGGAGGCUUAUCCCCAACCCAGCAUUGUGUGGCUGAAGAACAACAAGACACUGACCAUGGAGAGCAGCAGUGAGUUCACCAUCACCAGCAGGAACCUGUCAGAAACCAGGUACCAGACAGCUCUGGUGCUGGUGCGAGUGAAGCAGGAAGAAGGAGGAUUUUACACCAUUCGGGCUUCCAAUGAGGAUGACGAGCAGGAGAUCUCCUUCCAUCUGCAAAUAAAUGUGCCAGCUAAAGUGGUGGAGCUCAAGGAGAACAGCAGUGCCAGCAGUGGGGAGCAGACUGUAACGUGCUCUGCUGAAGGCAUGCCCCAGCCAGAGAUCAGCUGGUCUACAUGCAGCGACAUCAAAUGGUGCAGCACCAAGGGCCAGCCCACGCGGCUGCUGGGGAACGAGUCGGCCGAGCUGGGCGUGCAGACCAACGCCUCGUACCACGCCGAGCGGCAGCUCUACCGCGUCAACAGCACCCUGCAGCUGCACAGGGUGCACGAGCCCCUGCUCCUCAGGUGCACCGUGCACAACUUCCUGGGCACCAGCUCCCAGGACAUCACUCUGGUGCCACACGCCUUGCCGUUCAAGGUGGUCAUCAUUUCUGUCAUCCUGGCCUUGCUGGUCCUCACUGUGAUCUCCCUGAUCAUCCUGAUCGUGCUGUGGCAGAAGAAACCUCGUUAUGAAAUCCGCUGGAAGGUGAUUGAGUCGGUCAGCUCUGAUGGGCACGAGUACAUCUAUGUGGAUCCCAUGCAACUCCCUUAUGACUCCACCUGGGAGGUGCCCAGGGACAAGCUGGUGUUAGGACGCACUCUCGGCUCCGGUGCCUUUGGUCGUGUGGUGGAGGCAACAGCCCAUGGCCUGAGCCAUUCCCGGUCCACCAUGAAGGUGGCGGUCAAAAUGCUCAAGUCCACAGCCCGCACCAGUGAGAAGCAAGCCCUCAUGUCCGAGCUGAAGAUCAUGAGUCACCUGGGACCUCACCUCAACAUCGUCAACUUGCUAGGGGCCUGCACCAAAGGAGGACCCAUCUACAUCAUCACGGAGUACUGCCGCUACGGGGACCUGGUGGAUUACCUGCACCGCAACAAGCACACCUUCCUGCAGGCCUGCGGGGACAAGGCGCGGCGGGAGGCGGAGCUCUACGGGAACACCCCCAAGGAGGACCCCGUGCACAGCCACCUCUCCAUGUCUGUCGAGAGUGACGGGGGCUACAUGGACAUGAGCAAGGAUGACUCCCUGGACUAUGUGCCCAUGUCUGACAUGAAGGGUGAAGUCAAGUAUGCUGACAUCGAGUCUUCUAACUAUGGCACCCCCUAUGAGCUGGACAGCUACUCCCCCUCAGCUCCUGAAAGGACAGACCGGGUGACACUGAUAAAUGAGUCUCCACUCCUGAGCUACAUGGACUUGGUGGGCUUCAGCUUCCAGGUGGCCAAUGGGAUGGAGUUCCUGGCUUCCAAAAAUUGUGUGCACCGUGACCUGGCUGCCAGGAAUGUCCUCAUCUGUGAGGGGAAGCUGGUGAAGAUAUGUGACUUUGGCCUGGCGAGGGACAUCAUGAGGGAUUCCAACUAUAUCUCCAAAGGCAGUACCUUCUUGCCCCUUAAGUGGAUGGCUCCAGAGAGCAUCUUCAACAACCUCUACACUACCCUGAGUGAUGUGUGGUCUUUUGGGAUUCUUCUUUGGGAGAUAUUCACCCUAGGAGGGACUCCAUACCCUGAGCUGCCCAUGAAUGAACAGUUCUACAAUGCCAUCAAACGUGGCUAUAGGAUGUCCAAACCCACCCAUGCCUCUGAUGAGAUCUACAGCAUCAUGCAGAAGUGCUGGGAGGAGAAGUUUGAGAUCAGGCCAUCCUUCUCACAGCUGGUGGUGCUUAUGGGAAACCUCCUGGUGGAUUGCUACAGGAAGAGGUACCAGCAGGUGGAUGAGGAGUUCAUGAAGAGCGACCACCCUGCGGUCGUGCGCACCAGGCCCGCGGUUCCCGUGCUGAACAACGCCCGCCUGGCUGCCAGCUCCCCCAGCAGCCACAUCCUGUACACAGCCGUGCACCAGCACGGGGGCGAGAACGACUACAUCAUCCCCCUCCCCGACCCCAAACCCGAGGGGAGCUCUGACCUCCCCCAGGAGGCCUCCAUCAGCAGGGCCAGCUCUAUGCUGAACGAGGCCAACACAUCAUCUACAAUAUCCUGUGACAGCCCUCUGGGCCUCCAGCAGGACGAGGAGCAGGAAUCUGACCCACAGCCAGGCUGCCAGGAGCCAACCACAGGACACCAAGAGGUGGAGGAAAGUUUCCUGUAGUCAGAGCUGGGCUGACUUUGCAUCUCCCUAUGGAGAGGCCAGCUGAGGGGGCUGACCCAGAUGUCACAGAGAGCCAUGCUUGUGCUUGUACAUCAGGACAUCCCCUCCUGCACCAGCAUUCCUCCUUCCCUCCUGUCUCCCAGUGCUGGUUGGGGAAUUAAAGACUUUUCCCCAUUGUCAUCCCCUUCCCCCUUAAAAAGAGGUGUCUCAGUGCGAGACACCCUCUACAUCACUGCCACAUCCUCCUCAGUGACCAAACCACUGCAGGAGGGAGACAUCUCACAGACCAACACCUUUUCAAAUGGAAGACGUGGUUGGAUCCCCACGAGAGGCCACUUUGUGCAUUGCUAAGAUGACAUUCCAGCCUCUUCCUCCUCCAUGGCACAGGGUUUCGUCUCCUCUGCACCAGCACUUCUCUGAUGGUCUCAGCACCAGCCACACUGUGGUUCUGUGAAAUGCCACUGGGACAGAUCAUCCACCUGGAGCCCAUUGCUGGGCUGUAGAGAACCUGCAGCACCAACCUUCAGCUGCUGGAGGCCAGGAGUACUGGAUUGGAUUCUCCUCCAAGCCUGAAGAGGCCAGCCAGUGUCUGGGAGGUACAGAAUUCCCAUUUUCCUCUCUUGGCAGUGCUUCCAUGGUGGAUGGAGCAUCACAAGCACUACAGGUGUUCACAGCUCUGGGGCACAGCUCUGCACCCACCUGGAGGCUGUCACACCCUUCUGUGCCCAGUGUGGCACCAGGAGCCCCAGGGACAUGCCAGGAGCUCCAAAUGCCCUCACAAUGACUUGGUUAUAAAGCAAAGAGGGCAGUCACUGUUGUUAGUGUUGUCUGUGUGGACACUAAGCUAAUUUUUCUCCAUUGAAGACUUAAAGGGAACAAAUAUAUUAAUCCACUAGCCAGGGCCAGUAUAAGGAAGCAAUAUGGUUAUUCAUUAAUCUACUGCCACUACAGCCAGCCCAUCUGCUGGGAAAUCAUAUAACCACGCCAGCUGCAGAAUCCUUGUGCCUUAUUUUUGGGAAGCAAAGGCUCACCUUUGAUAAACUGUUCACCCAAACACCCCUUCUCAGGAUGGGAGGACUCACCCUUCCCUCCUGAGUCACAGCAAGAUUAUGGGCAGCAAUAAGGAUAGCAGAACACCAACCCAGGCAUAGCUCCAAAGAAAAAGAGGGAGAGUGGCUGGGAAGCUCCUUGGUCACAGCUGAACUGUAUCUCACACCCUGCAACCUUCUGGGGUCAGUCAGAGCCACUUGCAGCCUGCUAGGGCUGUGAAAUAUCACAGAGAACCAAGCAGGGCAAGAGGAACUGGGGAGGAUUCCUUUCUCUUGGAGAGUGUUUUGAAAACUAAACAGGUCCAGACCUUCCCCCUGCUUCUGCCCUCCUUCCCCACUUCUCACCAAUGGGUCAGGGGCUUCUUGUGCUCUCAGCUGGCACUGAAUGAGCAGACCCAAAGCAGGAGGAGCACCAGGCUUUGGAAAUCAGUUGUGAGCCCCACCUCUGCAGAGAUGAAAGCUGGACCCCCAAAACCACAGCUCUGACACCACAGAAGACAGCAGGUUUUUCUCUGAAAUGAGUUUCACUUCACACAGAGCUCUGUUCACUGCAUGUCCCCUGCUCCCAUUAACUCUUCCUUGCCCUACUCUUGCACAUCUCUCUGUGCAUCCUACAGGAACUGCACAGGCAGGUUCACAAAAUCAGAAAUUCAGGCAGCAUCUUGCUGGGCUUCUGCCACCUCAGAGCCACUGAGAAUUUAAUUUUCUUUUCAAAAUAUGGAACUUCUGUCAGAAAUCCCCAGCAGAACAGCUUCUGUUUAAAGUUUUCUACCAUUCCGGUUCUGCCAUUUAUGCAGCUAAAGGAGGAGUAGGUGUUUUGUGGGCUGAUGUCCUUGGUAAAAUGUGAACAUAAGAAAUAGCACUUUUAGUGGCAUCCAGCAGAGGAUAUUUUCAGCCUAUGUGGUCAGAUUCCCCACCAUCCAUAGGAAACAUACUGUGAAUGACAACUGUUUUUCCAUCCUCUGUUCCUCCUGCUUGUAAUGAAGGAGCCAUCUUCUGUGGCCACAGUUCAUUAAAUAAUCCUCUCCGCAGAGAAGCAGUAAUUUAUGAGAUCCUUUGGGUCAGAUCACUUGAUUUCUUUUUAACAUGUAAGGUGCUUGAUAGGAUCUGUGUCACUGCAACUUGAGCCCAGAGGAUGGCACAUCAGAUUAUCCUAAUAGCCCCUGUCUGCACCA